AUUCUCUUUCCCGCCAACCCACAUCCCUCCAUUUUCCCAUUACUCUAUAAAAUCCUUUGCUUUUCAUUUCUACUGCAGAAAAGUUAAAAGAAAAAAAAAAAUGAAUGAAAAUUUGGAGGAACAGAGCAAGCUUCCUGAGCUUAAACUUGAUGCUAAGCAAGCUCAAGGAUUUCUCUCAUUUUUCAAAACCCUACCCAAGGACCCUAGGGCAGUUCGCCUCUUUGAUCGUCGGCUUGUAGUUCCAUCUGAAUUAGGCAGGUGGUGCAGCAAACUUUCUUUCUUUCCUGGCACCUAUAUUAAUNCUGCUCUUGCUCCAAACUUCGGUCAGAAUGGAUGUGAAGUUGGCUUAGGCUAUGUUGAUAUUACAAAGAGAGUCCUUGGUUUAACAGAAUUUCUAGAUGAUAGCCACUUCACAAAUUUGGAGUCUGCUUUGGUUGCUCUUGGUUGCAGAGAAUGUCUUGUACCAGCGGAGACUGGCAAAUCCAGUGAAUACAGGCCUAUGUUUGAUGCAAUAUCUAGAUGCGGCGUGAUGGUAACUGAAAGAAAGAAAACCGAAUUUAAAGGGAGAGAUUUGGUACAGGAUCUUGGUAGGCUCGUCAAGGGUUCAGUAGAACCUGUUCGAGAUUUGGUCUCUGGUUUUGAAUGUGCAUCAGGAGCUUUGGGCUGCAUACUUUCUUAUGCAGAACUACUUGCGGAUGAGAGCAAUUAUGGAAACUAUACAGUCAAACAAUACAGCCUCAGUAGUUACAUGAGAUUAGAUUCUGCUGCUAUGAGAGCACUGAAUGUUAUGGAGAGCAAAUCAGAUGCUAAUAAAAAUUUUAGUUUGUUCGGUCUGAUGAAUAGAACAUGUACUGCUGGAAUGGGUAAAAGGUUAUUGCACAUGUGGCUCAAACAGCCUUUACUAGAUGUAGAAGAGAUUAACUGUAGGCUGGAUUUAGUUCAAUCAUUCGUGGAGGAUGCUGCGCUUCGCCAAGACUUGAGGCAGCAUCUAAAAAGAAUUUCAGAUAUCGAGCGGCUGACACACAAUCUUGAGAGGAAAAGAGCCAGUUUAGUGCACGUUGUAAAACUCUAUCAGUCAAGCAUCAGAGUACCAUAUAUCAAAAGUGUUUUGGAACGGCAUGAUGGGCAAUUUGCAACACUCAUUAGGGAAAGAUAUAUUGAUUCUCUGGAGAAAUGGAGUGAUGAUAAUCACCUGAAUAAGUUCAUAGGUCUUGUGGAAACUUCUGUUGACCUUGAUCAACUUGAGAAUGGAGAAUACAUGAUUUCUUCUGCAUAUGACCCAAAUUUAUCUGCUCUGAAGGAUGAGCAAGAGACAUUGGAGCGACAAAUUCAUAAUUUGCACAAACAAACUGCCAAUGAUCUUGAUCUACCUGUUGAUAAGUCGCUUAAACUAGAUAAAGAAACACAAUUUGGACACGUCUUCAGAAUUACCAAGAAAGAAGAACCAAAAGUUAGGAAGCAGCUAAAUUCUCAUUACAUUGUUCUCGAAACACGUAAGGAUGGGGUAAAGUUCACCAAUACAAAACUCAAAAAACUAGGAGAUCAGUUCCACAAGAUUGUAGAGGAGUACAAGAGCUGUCAGAAAGAAUUGGUAGCUCGUGUAGUUCAAACAGCUGCGAGUUUCUCCGAGGUGUUUGAAGGUAUAGCUGGUGUACUUUCUGAGUUGGAUGUGCUACUGAGUUUUGCGGAUUUGGCUGCCAGUUGCCCAACUCCUUACACAAGACCAAAUAUCAGUCCACCAGAUACAGGAGAUAUUAUACUUGAAGGGUGUAGGCAUCCUUGUGUGGAAGCUCAAGAUUGGGUUAACUUCAUUCCUAAUGACUGUAGACUAGUUAGGGGAGAGAGUUGGUUUCAGAUUAUCACAGGCCCUAACAUGGGUGGAAAGUCUACCUACAUUCGGCAGGUUGGUGUGAAUGUCCUGAUGGCCCAAGUUGGCUCGUUUGUUCCAUGUGACAAUGCUACCAUUUCUAUUCGUGAUUGUAUUUUUGCUCGUGUUGGCGCUGGAGAUUGCCAGCUGAGAGGAGUUUCUACUUUUAUGCAAGAGAUGCUUGAGACUGCGUCGAUCUUGAAAGGAGCUACUGAUAGAUCAUUGAUUAUAAUUGAUGAGUUGGGCCGUGGUACAUCAACCUAUGAUGGCUUUGGUUUAGCUUGGGCUAUUUGUGAGCACAUUGUUGAAGAAAUUAAGGCACCAACAUUGUUUGCCACUCACUUUCAUGAGCUGACUGCAUUGGCCAACAAGAAUGGUAACAAUGGACAUAAGCAAAAUGCUGGGAUAGCAAAUUUUCAUGUUUUUGCACACAUUGACCCUUUUAAUCGCAAGCUAACUAUGCUUUACAAGGUUCAACCAGGUGCUUGUGAUCAGAGUUUUGGUAUUCAUGUUGCUGAAUUUGCAAAUUUUCCACCGAGUGUUGUGGCCCUGGCUAGAGAAAAGGCAUCUGAGUUGGAGGAUUUCUCUCCUAUUGCCAUAAUUCCAAAUGACAUUAAAGAGGCAGCUUCAAAACGGAAGAGAGAAUUUGACCCUCAUGACGUGUCUAGAGGUACUGCCAGAGCUCGGCAAUUCUUACAGGAUUUCUCUCAGUUGCCACUGGAUAAGAUGGAUCCAAGCGAGGUCAGGCAACAGUUGAGCAAAAUGAAAACCGACCUGGAGAGGGAUGCAGUUGACUCUCACUGGCUUCAGCAAUUCUUUUAGUUCUUCAGAUUAGAACUAUAUCUUCUAUUCUGUGAAGCUUGGGGGAAUGAUAGUGAUGGGUUUUGUGGAUAUAACUUAGCCUAAGUGUAAAGUUUCGUUUAAAUCCUUACCCCAAACAUGAUUCUCUGUAAUCAGGGGACUUUUGUAUGCAUCCUGUGUUAAAUAGUAAACGUUAUCUUAUGGUCAGCUAACAUUGGUAGUAGUCUAUUGAAUUAUUCCUUCA